AAGUGUUUGACCUUAUUGAUACUAUGACCACAUUUGAUUUUGGUGAAACUCCGAAAGACUAACAUGUGUUUGCGGCUUUCAAAAGCCUGUUGUGAAAGUUUUGUGGUGUUUUGGUAUUAUUAAAGGCUCCAUCCUUAAUUCUAUGGUUAACUACAUUAUUUUGUUAGACGUUGGGUGUGUUAAUAAUCAUACUGCUUUUGCAAGAUAAUGGCGAUGCCGAUCAAUUCAGCCUUGAAAUUAAAACUGGAUGAACUAUUUCUGAGAUGGCUCACGGAUAGAGCUACUCAGAAGGUACUACGAGAGAAUUUAAUGCAAGUAAAGGCAGGACAAUCUCUGGAAGCAAUGCUUGCACUGCCUACGGGAAUAGUAGUUGGGCCAAUGUCUGCAUCGUUCUACGGAUGUCUCUACAGUCCUAGUUACAGUGAGUCCCCUUGCUUAAACCUAGACGGUUCUUACAAUAACGUUUCUUCGGCCUUCACAUGGGGCGGGACAAUUAUAUCUCCACGUCCAAACACCCCACCAUACUUUCCACAGCCUCCUUUCUCGAAGUUGUACAGUCCUCGCUCCCCUCGACGUCAUGCCUGUACAUCGAGUGGUCUGUCAAUCCAGAUUGUGAAAAGCUCUGUUGAACAACCACAUACCGCAAAUGAUAUAACGUAUGAAAACAAAUCCAAACAGGAGAAUGGAGUAAUAACUAUUUGUCCAAAAGUUACACCAAACUCUGAGAAUCAACUAAGUGUAGAUAAUGAAACAAAACAUUCAUCCCAGACUACUAAUACCACUGCUACGAAUAAACUUUUAAAUCAUGAUGCAGACACUGAUGAUAUAAGCAAAAUUAGAACAAAUAAAACAACUCUACGAACAAAUGAUCGAAAUGGAUCAAAACAACACACUCCUACCGUUGUUUCAACACCAUCAGCAUAUAAUUGUCCUGCUGAAAGUAAUAAGCCAGAUGUUGAUGUGGUCGCAAAUCAACAAUCUCAUGAUAAUCAUCAUGAAGUUAAUAAACAUCAUCGUAUUCAUUCCUCACAAUCGAAUAGUCUUGUUAAUUCUGAUGGUGUUCUUGAAGAUGUCAGAUCUUUAAUAAGUAAGGCAAAUGUACCUAAUCAUACAGAUUCUACAUAUUCAUCGUCUAUGGAUUCUACUUCAUGUGUUCAAAACCAAGGAUUUGCCAUUCUUUCUUCUCCAACUCGAAUACAUAAAGCAUUGCCAGCAUUUCAUUUCCCACUUGGGACUACUCGAAUGUCCAGCGAGGAAAUUAACACAGAAUUAGAACGUGUUAAACAAGAACUUAACCAAUUUAUUGAUUCAUCACUAAAUUCCGGGAAAUAUUCUGAUCCGUUAAUUUCUCAUUCAUGUUUUGGACAAGUUGCAAAGGUACUUAACUGUCCACUUUAUUGGAAACAUGCAAUUUAUAUGAAUGCUGGUGGUACAUCAGAUCGACAACCAGUCACCUUGUCAAACUUAUUGAAAUCAUGGUCUCAUACACUGAAUACUUGUCCAGAUGAAGCUUCGAAAUUUAUUCAUCUACUUACACGUGGACGAGCAACCUUUUUAGUACAAUCUGAUUUUAAUACACUCAUACAAGACAUUUUAGAGAGUCAUCCUGGUUUAGCGUUUUUAGAAGCAGCGAAAGAUUUUCAUUCCCGUUAUGUGGCAACUGUUGUAGCACGUAUCUUCUUCAAUGUGAAUAUUUCAUGGUCUGGUCGUAUUUCUUUAGGUGAAUUAAGACGAAGUAAUUUUCUUCCUGUAUUAGCCAGUCUUGAAAAUGAAGAUGAUAUUAAUUUGGUGACACAAUAUUUUUCUUAUGAACAUUUCUAUGUUAUUUAUUGUAAAUUCUGGGAGCUAGACGAAGAUCAUGAUUUGAUCAUCAGUCGAAGUGAUUUAGCACGACACAAUAAUUAUGCUAUCUCAGAGCGUAUGAUAGACCGAAUAUUUAGUGGAGCUGUAACAAGAGGAACAGCUUUUAAAGAAGGUGUUAUGACUUAUCCAGAUUUUGUUUGGUUUCUAUUGGCUGAAGAAGAUAAACAUCAUCCUCGGAGUAUUGAAUAUUGGUUUCGGUGUAUGGAUCUAGAUGGUGAUGGUCUGUUGUCAAUGUAUGAAUUAGAAUAUUUCUACUCGGAACAAUUAGCUCGAAUGGAAGAAAUGGGGAUUGAACCUAUAUCAUUUGAAGAUUGUUUAUGUCAAUGUUUGGAUAUGGUGAAACCAGCACUUACCGAUAAAAUUCGACUAUCAGAUAUGAAACAAUGUCGUCUAUGUCAUAUAUUUUUUGAUACAUUCUUUAAUUUACCAAAAUAUUUACAACAUGAACAACGUGAUCCGUUUGCUAAUUUACGUGAUAUUGAAGAAGGACUUAAUGAACUAUCUGACUGGGAUCGUUAUGCAGCUGAAACCUAUGAAAUGUUAGUCAAUGUUGAAGGUGGUGGUAAUCCAGAUGAUGGAGUUGAUGAUGAUGAAGACGAUGACGAAGAGGAGGAUGAAGAAGAGGAACAAGGUGGAACAAUAGGUGAUGAAGAAUCUGGGAGUAAUCAACAACAGAAAAACAACGACAGUAACAAUCAAAUUUCUCCCACUUCAACUGUUAUUUCAUUAGUAAAUAAAAAUGAUAAAAUCAAUCGAAAAGAUAAUGUUGGAUCAUGUGGAUUGGCUAAUAAACUUGAGUCAAUCGGUAAUAGUGAAUUAAUCAAAUUGGAAUCAACUGUUGGAGCUGGGGAGUGAAUGAAUCGUCUACAUUUAUGAGUUAAAGUUGGGAAAUUGGAAUUGAUAAAAAACAAAAUCAGCAUUUGCGUAGGAAGUUGGGAUAUAUCACCCCAUCAAUCGAAUUUCUACCCGAUCUUAUCAGUCAACAAAUAAUUUUUAAUAACCGAGUGAUAAGUAAAUAUUUGUGAACAAUUGAGAGGGGAUGUUCCAUUUAAGUUUUUCUCAUUUUGUACAAAAAGAAGCAUACAAAUUCAAUUUUUCCAUCAUUUAAUAUGUUCCCCACAUCCAGCUCUUAAUUGUUUUGUUUUGUUAUUAUUGACUAUCAUUUUCGGUUGGCUUUAUAGCAUGCUCAAUUUCUUUAAGAUAUUUUAGUCUCUACAGUCCUAUACAUCUUAUUGUAGUUUUUUCUAUGUCUGUGAUAACAAUUUCACUUUUAAGGAGAAUUUAAUCUCUUCAAUGUUGAUUUAAGAUUGCCAACAAAUUCUUUUAAAUCUCUUGAUUUAAACUUUUCAUUUACAUUCGACGUUAGUGAUCAGAUUGUUGUCUUUGAUUCUCUAUCGUUUUCUGUUCCCUAAGAUUUUAAAUAUGUGUAUACUAUUAAUCUUGGUGAUUGUAUGUAUUAGCGAUUAAGAAAUUCAAAUUAGGGUUGACGAGAAUGUUGUAUCACGUUUACAUCUGACACUGAUUCUAUAACAACAGCGACUGAAAAAUAACAGGGUUUAUCAUGUUCAUUGUUGUCUUGUAUUUAAAACAUAUGUAUUCAUCAUAAUCACCUACCUGAAGAUUUCAUGAUAUUAAUAAUAUCGUGAAUAGUGUUACUAAGAUGGACAAUUGCGUAUAAAAAUGACAAUCGUAUUCGGAUCUGCGUGUACAAUAUACAAUUAAACGCACAUAUAUGUUGUAGUACACAGAUAUUAAGCAAUCAACUUCUUUUUAUAUUACUUUCUUCAACUGUGUUCACAAUACUUACAAUUUCGUCAUCGUUAUUGUUUGAAUAAUUUUGAUCUCUAUUCGAAGCAACUGAUUGCUAUUCUUAAAAAUUUUAGCCAAAAACCCAUACACACAGGAUCGUUUAAAACAUAAAUGUUUGUGCCUUGAAUAGACAUUCGGUCUUCCUGAUUGUCUUUUCUCCCCAAAAGUGAAUUCAAUUAUUCCCUUUCUUUUUUUGGCUCGUUAGUUGUCUACUCAUCGCAAAGAAGACACGUGUAUCGUAAAUAAAUCUGAGAAGUUACUUUUUUUGUAUUUUGAAGUAUAUAAACUGUUAUUAUUCGUGUUUACUAUUAUUAUCAUAAGCCCAUGACCCAAUUUUCCUAUCAGACUUCACAAAAUUAAAUUAAUUUUUCAGUGCUUUCAUGUUUGAGAAAGUAAAUGUACUGAAAGGUUUGUUUACUUAUUUGUUUGUUUUUCCUGACUGGUUGGUUACACACUUAUUAUUCAUGCGGAUGAAUUAUAAAUAAUACACGGACGAUGGAGUUUGGUUGUAUAAUAGACAAAAGGGGAGAACAUACGUAGAAUUUCCAGAGAUUCCAAGUAAGUUCCUAGUGAAGUCACGCGAAAUCGGCGAAAAAAAAGUUGACCGAUCGAUUUCUAGGGAAAUAUCUAAGAAAACAACACCUUUUCUUAAACCUGAUUGUCAGAUUUUAAUAUUAACUUCAGUGUCUUUCCUCGAAUGUUCUCGGACCUCAAAAUCACCUGUGACCCUAUAGGUACCCGACGAUGAAAUCAUAAACAUCGAUAAAGCUGAAAUUGCUACAAAAAUAUGCCCUCGACUAAUACUUGGCACGAAAGUCAAGAUGGUGGAGUCCGGCAUAGUUGUCCCCAAAUGCUCUGGUACGGCUGAGGGUGGGGAGUCAGCUCUCACUCUCGAAAUAUUCGGCACAUUAACCGGGUUGGUGGAUACGGAGAAUCUAGCUAGGGGAGUGAGAAAACCCUAGUUCCAAACCAAUAGUGCACAUGGGCCUCAGGAUCCUGAAGGAACAAAUGGCGUGUGAACCAAUUAUUGGUCACCAGCUACUGCAUCCCCUUAAGUUGCUUGUUGACUAGACUCUUAGAUCAAAGGCUCCGAAUGUGGCCCCUAAGAAAACCACCCGUUUUGGGCACCCAGGCAGUAUCUCAGACCUCACAUAAAUCGAAUAUGUGGCAUGCUGUACAUAUCCAAAAAUGGUUAAGACAAUUGUAACUAUAUAUUGAAUCACCUGAUAGGAAAUCGCCAUCUAGGUAGCUAGUAAAAUAACCAAAAAAUAAAAGGAAUAAGAAAUCUCACAUAUAAAUUCGCCGAUAUCAAUUGAAAUGGAAUGUUUGCAGCUGUGAAAAAGCAACACCACAGAAAUGAUCACAUUUUAGAUCUAAGAAAAAUUCUCUGUAGAAGAUUUCGUUAAAACAUAAAACAGAUAACCUAAACAGCUCAAUGAAAAACGUGUUACACUGAACACGAAUGGGACGUUAAGCCAACAGCAACUCCAAAAACAUGUAAAAUUAUAAUAAUAUACAUAAAUACUUGUACAAAAGAUGCAAAAAGAAAUUACCUGCUAAAAAGAAGCCAUAAUCAAUCAUAUGGUCUACAGUGACCAGACUGAAAGGAAACCCAAAGGCACAAAGAGCGAAAAUGGGUAUUAUUAUAAUGCGACAAUGCAAGAUCCCGAAGUAUAAGGGGAACACCAAUCCAAUCACACUUGAUGGAGAAACUCUGGAAGAGGCGGAAACUUCCUCGAACCUGGUCAGCAUAAUCGAUGAACAUGGGAGAGGCAAGGGUUGGCAAGAUAAGGGCAGCAUUCAUACAGUUGAAGAACAUACGAAACCCAAAAACAACAUCAAAAUCAGAAUCUUUAAUACGAACGUCUAAAUAGUUGUACUGUAUGGAGCUGAAACCACAACCAUCAAAAAAAUGUACAAGUAUUUAUAAACAGAUGUCUACGCAGGUUACUCAAUAUGCGAUUGCCAGAUACCAUCAAUAACAGCCUAUUGUGGAAGAGAACAAAUCAGCUUCAAGUUCAAGAGGAAAUUACGAGACAAGUUGGAAGUGGAUAAAACAUACAUUGCGGAAAUAAUCAAACCGCAUCACGAAGCAAGCGCUAACUUGGGAUCCUGAAGGGAAACGGAAAAGGGAGAUGCCAAGGAACAUAAUAUGUCGGGAACUCGAAGAAAUCAAAAAAAUGAAUAGCAACUGGAAAGGAUUGUCCAGGACAGAGUUGGUUGAAGACUGCUGGUGGGCGACCUUUGGUCAUCCGUGAGGGGUAACAGGCGUAAUUAAGUAAUGUGACAAUGAAGUUUCUCAGACAUGUAGUUGUCAAUAACUCAUUAUGUUUGCUUAACUAAUACUACAUUUCAUAUUAUAGUAACCAUUAUAUCAAAUUCUUGAUAACAAAAAAGCAAAAUUGUUAACAUUAUUUUAAUUGAUAAGAAUAUCAAAACACCACAAGACAAGAAAAGGUGGAACCAAAAUAAAGAACUAAAUAUUAUUUGUACUGACUGAGAAGAUCUACAGAUAACUCAGAGUUUUGCUGUUCAUAGAUGUUAGUUCUUUCCUGUAAAAACAACACUGAUUUAUAUUUUGCACAACGACCUACGCUGUCAAUAGAUUGAUUCUGUUCAAUUCCAGUUUGCUAAUUUCAUUACAUCCCAUGGUCAUGUAUUAUUAUUACUACAUAUAUCGAGUUGUUUUACUUCAAAUUUGUCUUCCUGAAUAUCAUGCUUCUCGUGAACUGGCCAACUCCCAUUUUCUAUCGUGUUGAGAAUUAUUGUUGAAGUAUAGUGUACUAAGAUUUGGUGAGCAAGGACUUGACUGAUCAAAUUGCAAGUGAUAUACGAAACUAAUUAUUUUCAAUCAUCUUAAGGUGUAAUUAUAUAAAUUAGUAAGUCGUUUGUAUCUAUUGCUUAUAGAGGAUUGAAAUUAUAAUUUUGUCAAUAUGUGUUCACAUGAUUAGUUAAUGUCAACUACUAUUCAGUUUAAUGUGUACAUAUCUGACUGUCAAUCAAUGUAAAUCUCAUAAAAGCUAAUGUAUUCACAUAUUCAUUUUGAUUUAUUUUGGGUGUCAAAUAAAUCAUUAUCUAC